AUGCACAAUGGACGUGGAUUGGUUCAUGAUUUGUUAAAUUCAGUUUCGGAUGCACUACCAUUACAUCUCGGUAAAGAUGUACCUAUGCCUCCAACCGGAUCGAAUUUAGUUCAAAUUACACCUUGUCAAUCCACAAAAGCAACACUUCCAGUCUUUGUUUCCGAUCAAUGGAACGGUAGUUCAUCAAUCAAAAGCGCAUAUAUAACCCAACAUGGCGCUUCAAAUGAUCCAGAUCAAUAUUUUAGUUAUAUUUAUCCUUUUGUAGGAAAAGAUUCAUUAGUAAUCGCUCCGGGAUUCUACACGACUCACAGUCCAAAAGCACCAGAUGGUUUCUAUCAACCAAAAGUCAAUCUUGCUUGGGCACAUACCGGUGAUCAAUGGCCUGCGGGAAGAGAUGCAAUUUCGCCUAGAACCCUACUGAGAUCUAGCAAACGAUCCGCUUCCAACAGAAAUGAGGCAAGAGAGACCGGACCGGAAUGUUCUUCUUACGAAGCUUAUGAAGCACUCUUGGCUAGAUUGGACAACAAAGAUCUUUAUCCAAAUCUAUCAAAAGUUUACCUUGUUGGUCAUUCUGGAGGUGCUAAUAUGAUUUCUCGUUAUUCACAAUUGAACAAUUAUAACGGUCAUUUGGAUCUACGUUAUAUCGUAAUCAAUGCGGCCAAUCAAGCUUAUUUCAGUGAUGCACGUCCAUGGAAAGAAUUUGAUGAAAAAAACUGCAAAGAAGCAUUUCAAUAUCCUUAUCAAUGGACAAAAUCAGGUUCAAAUAUGCCUCGUUGGGUUUCGGCACGAUUUGAUUCUUUGGUUUCGGGUGCAAGAAGUACGAAUGCAAAAGCAAAGAAGUUGUUUGAUUCUUGGUCUGCGAAGGAUGUUAUGUUCUUGACAGGAAAUGCCGAUAUUGAAACAACCGGAACACAAAGAUGUACUUCAAAAGCUCAAGGUGGUCCAUAUCGCAGAGAUAGAAAUUACGCUUAUUGGGCUUAUACAAACUUAUUGGCCGGAAGCAAUGACAGCCCUUAUCCAAUCAAGGAUUACUUUGGAUAUGGUAAUUUGACCGAUUCAGGCGCAAAGAGAUUCAGCACAGGUUCUGCACCCACAUUCAAUCAUCAAUCAUGCAUCGUCAAUGGUGUUGCACAUGAUGAGCCGGGAAUCUUACGUAGCGCUUGUGGUCAAGCUGCACUCUUUUCCGAUAAUCUACCAGACGGUACAAACCCUCAAGAUUCUCCAUCUGGACUUUCAUCAAUGUUUGAUGGUUUCCUGAAUACCCCUUGA